CACGAAUCCACCCACCUCCCCGCCCGCCUGGGCCCGGCCCCUCCGUGUCUCCGCCCGCGGCGGGCGGGCCUUGGGGCUGGCGGUGCCUGGCCGCGGGGCGACCCUUCCCCCUGCGCGGCUUCACGGGUCGCCCCAGCCCGGCGUGGGGAUGCCUCACAGAACCGAGUUAUAUGAAGGUGUUCCACCAACUUGCUGGCCUAUCGUGUAUUCUCCAGACUAUAACAUCACGUUCAUGGGACUGGAGAAACUACACCCGUUUGAUGCAGGGAAAUGGGGAAAAGUGAUCAACUUCUUGAAAGAAGAAAAACUAAUUGGAGAUGACUUGAUUGUGCAAGCACGGGAGGCUACUGAUGAAGACCUUUUGGUUGUUCACACACGGCGCUACCUUAAUAAAUUAAAGUGGUCAUUCGUUGUGGCUACAAUCACAGAAAUCCCACCAGUCCUCUUUCUUCCCAACUUCCUUGUUCAGAGAAAAGUUUUGAAACCUCUGCGAACCCAGACGGGAGGAACGAUCAUGGCAGGAAAACUUGCUAUUGAUAGAGGCUGGGCAAUCAAUGUAGGGGGUGGUUUUCAUCAUUGUUCAAGUGAUAAAGGUGGCGGAUUUUGUGCGUAUGCUGAUAUCACACUGGCUAUUAAGUUCUUAUUUGAAAGAGUACCAGGGGUGUCUAAAGCCACAAUUAUUGAUCUGGAUGCUCACCAGGGAAAUGGCCAUGAGAGGGACUUCAUGAAUGAUCAGAGAGUGUAUAUCAUGGAUGCGUACAAUAGGUAUAUUUAUCCAGGAGAUGGAUUUGCUAAACGUGCCAUAAAACGGAAGGUGGAGUUGGAGUGGGGUACAGAGGAUACAGAAUACCUUCAGAAGGUACAUACUCACGUGGAAGGAGCAUUAAAUGAAUUAAAACCUGACAUUAUUGUUUAUAACGCUGGAACUGAUAUUCUGGAUGGCGAUCCAUUGGGAGGACUUGCUAUUUCACCUCAGGGAAUCGUGAAGAGAGAUGAAGUUGUGUUCAGGGCUGCCAGAAGCCGUGGAAUCCCAAUCUUGAUGGUAACGUCUGGAGGCUACCAGAAGAGGACUGCCCGGAUUAUUGCUGAUUCUAUCCUCAAUUUGCACAACCUGGGGCUUAUUGACAAGGAGCUAGCAACCAGUGCAGCUGAAAAUCCCAAAGUAGAACAGAUGAUUAGGGACUCUGUAACAGACUUAACCAAUUUAUCACUGCAGUGAUGGUUAAUAAGUUUUUUCCUUAGAUUCAGAAGUUUAGGAGCAGGAAGUUUCCACAUUAUCAGAGUUAAUAUAAGAAAUUCACAAAGGACUCAACUUGCCUGUAAAAAUAACCUAGUACAGACAACAGACGGUUGCGGAUUCUGUGUUUAACUUCUGAAGCUGUCUUGAGCAAAGGCAAUAAAUCCUUUUAAGCUAAUUGAGAUGUACUCAAGAGUACCUUAUUUCAGUUUAUAAUGUUACUGUAGAAAGCUUUAAUUGCUUCCUAUUGUUGUAGAUUGUCCACUAUGUUGAAAGAACUAUAUGGUUGGACUGUUCGAGGCCUGUUUGGUGGUAUGGUUCAGACAGUGGCUGGAGUAAUCUGCACUAAACUUAUCGGUAUUGUUCUUAGAUACUGUUCUUAGAUACUGCAUUCUAUUUAUUGCUUUUUUAAAAGGUUGUUAUAACAGUUCUGUGUGGUCUUCUACUGUCGAUUUAACACUCAAGUGCAAUAAUAUGGAGAAUAGCCCAGUUGCUUGGCUUUUGAGCCAUAGCCUAUUAGAAUGAACAUUUGUUAGUAUAUAUUUUAUUCCUAUUUACCACAGUGACGUAGAUCCUGCUUUUGAAUACACUGAAAAUAGAAUAUGAAUUGACUUUGGCUUAGUAUGCCAAUGGGCAGUAAGGGAUCAGCAGUAAGUGUGGCUUUUGCCUCUCUUGAAACGAGGCCUGCAUUGAAAGGCAGUAGUUCCUAUGCAUUGUAGUUUGUUUACUCUGACUUCCUAUAAAAUUAAACCUAACUGUAGUGUUCUGAGAACUAUUACAGAAAAUGUCAUGUAGAACUAGAAAUACUUUUUAUCACCAACUUGUCAUAUGUAAGCCUUGAAGAGUAAAUUUCAGUAUUUUUUUCCAGCCAGUGCUGUUUUUCACUUGCUUGAAGAUUACUGGUAGUCAUAGCUACAGUCAUAGUUGGUAACCACAUUGUUCAUAUUUAGAAAUAAAAUACUUCUACAUUAAGCUAAUGUAAUAGCCUAUAUAGGAGGCUCUAGGAGGUACUAUGGUAUGAGAACAAAAUAGUGCAUUCAGAAUGCAAAUUUUUGGUGCAUUGACUGUAAUGUUUGUUUUUGUUGGUUUAUUAUGCAUUAAUUACUGUUUGUAGCACUGGGUCUUAAAUAUAAAUAUAUAUAAAUAUAUAAAUAUACUAAACUGUAUAUUUGACAAGAGCUUUCUUAACUUCCAAGUAUUCACUGAUGUCAUGUUCAGGUUUGAGACUUUCUGUGAAGGGACCCUGAUGUUUUCCAGCCAGUGGAAUUGGUGUAUAAGCUAUUUAAGGAAUGUUUCAUUCUAAUUAGAAUACUUACCUCAGUAAUGUCAUUUUUAAGUUUAUGGUGUUUAUUAAUUGUUGGAAUUUGCACAAUUGCUAUAAAUAGCUGCUUUAAACCAGAUUUGGCAUAUUGCACUAAGCUUGAUUUGCAACACGGUUGUUAAAAGGCACUUUUAAAUUUCUUACUUUUAGGUGGUCAGAGUACGACUAAUGUUGAGAUUUAUUUUUUCUAUACAGUCUGUGUUACUGGAAGAUGUUGGUAUUCUUUCAUAUAAUUUUUAUAGAAUUAUAAAGGAAAUUUCUAUGAACUAAAACACUGUAACGGUACAUACUGUUUGUGUUAACUUGUUUAUUUUACUUUGACUCAGUAAAGAUUAAAAUAACGUUGAAUAAUA